AUGAUCAAAGCCUCCCAGGCCAAAAGCUGGGCCGACCUGUGCGCGGCCGUGGACUCCGAACCAUGGGGACUCCUGUACAGGGUCGUGACCAAACGUAUAGGCCAGCUUCAUCCGGGAAUCGAAGCCAGAGGCAUGGAGACAGAUCGCAGAUCACCUGUUCCCCAGCCCACCGGCGAUGGACUGGUCACACGUACCUCUCCCUCCGGCAGACGCCGACGAAGAUCUGACAGCACUGGAAUUCACCACGGCCGAACUGCGCGAGGCUUCCACAAGGCUCCCGCCCGGCAAGGCAACCGGACCCGAUGGCAUUCCGAACCAGGUUCUGGCGAAAGUAACCUAACCUAA